CAACAUCUCAUCCAACCUCCCAAACACCUGAACACUCGAACCCUCCUUCUCUUCUCUAGCCGAACAACCUCAUUUUCCCAAAUAAGCCACCACAAUGACUGCCGACAAGGCUUCCACCUGCUGCGGCAAGAGCGCCGAGUGCGUCUGCGCCCAGCAAGCCAAGUGCUCCUGCGGCGAAAAGGCCGCCCUCCACUGCACCUGCAGCAAGGCUUCCACAGAGAACUCCGUUACUGGCCCGCGCUGCUCGUGCCGUGCUCGUCCGGCUGGCGAGUGCACCUGUGAACGCGCUUCUACCGAGAACGCGAAGCCCGCCGGCGAGACCUGCGCCUGCGGAGUCCGCCCAGCCGACGCCUGUACCUGCGACAAGGCCGCCGACGGAUCCUUCAACCCGAGCGAGCACGAGACCGACUUCACAACCCGUCGGUGAUUACAGUUUCAGCUCAUCGGUCUUCAUUCAAGCUUUAAAAGGAAAUGGCGUUUAACACUGGGGGUUAUUUCAAGGAUGUGGUGGAGGGUGUCCCGGCGUUGACGGAUCAUUAUGGCAAAGCCUCUUCUGAGGCAGGGGAUUCCGACCAGUAGGAAUGGCAGGACCCCGACACAAAUACUACGGGCUUCU